AUGGGUCUGAAAGGUCAUGGGAGGCCUCCGCCAGGUGCGGGGGACCAGAAGCCCGCCAACAAGAUGCGACGCAAGUUCCAGCACAUCAAGCGCAAGCGAGCGAAGGAUUCGGAGCGCCGAGCGGAGCGCUAUGCUUUCAAGAAAGAAGAAGCCAAGAACCCCAAGUUGAAGGAGGAACGUCUUCGUCGCAAUAUUCCUUUGACUCUGGACCGGAAACGAGUGUGGGACGAGGCCGACAACGACGCCGAAGAGACUGGGUUGGGAUUGAGCGUGGACGUUGAGCGAAUCAAGCGAGCCAAGAAGGAAGAAGAGGACGAACUGAACCGACCACUGGAGGAGGGCGAGGAUGACAGCGACGAGGCCGAGUCCGAUAACGAGUCGAUCGACAGUAUGAUUGCGUCGAGCGACGGUGAAGGCUCGGAUGAGGACGACGAAGACGAGAACCGCGGACGAAAGAAAAACGCUCUGCCUACAGCCACCGAACGAGCCACCAGUCCUUCCCAGUCCACCCGCAGUACCAACCUGAGCCUGGCACCUGAAGCGCUGGCCGAGAAAUUCCCAUCGCUCUUUUCUUCGGAGACAAAGACGCCGAAAAUUCUUAUCACUACCGGGUUGAACUCGACUCUGCACGACCAGGCCGAGACCCUGACGGACCUUUUCCCCAACAGUGUGUACAUUCGACGCAAGGCACACCGUCAUUCGCACAAUUUUUCUAUCAGGGAGAUUUCCAAGUUCGCCUCGAACCGCAACUUCACGGCUCUUGUCGUAUUGAAUGAGGACCAGAAGAAGCCGUGCGGUUUGACCAUGGUGCACCUGCCUGUUGGACCGACGUUCCACUUUACAAUCAGCAACUGGAUUGACGCGAAGCGUCUGCCUGGCCACGGCCGUGCAACGGACCACUGGCCCGAGCUGAUCUUGAAUAACUUCCGCACGCCGCUGGGUAUGCUGACGGCGCAUCUCUUCCGGAAGUUAUUCCCGCCGCAACCCGAUUUUGAGGGCCGGCAGGUUGUCACGCUGCAUAACCAGCGUGAUUACAUCUUCGUCCGUCGUCAUCGAUAUGUUUUCCGCGAGAAGCGGGAGACGGAGAAGGCGGUGCAGGGUGCGGAUGGCAAGGAGAUGCAGGGAGCGGAGGGAAUCCGGACCGGUCUGCAGGAAUUGGGACCGCGGUUUACGCUCAAGCUGCGCCGUGUGGAUAAGGGGAUUCAGCGGGCGAGUGGACAGGAGUGGGAAUGGAAGGGAGGAAUGGAGAAGAAAAGGACCUUGUUCCAGCUUUAG